AUGUUUAAUCUGGAUGGAUCCAAAUUCAUCAAAGUAUUCUUGCAGGAUUUAUUACCAUUGAGUUUUGGUCCUGAAAACUUGGGAAUUGAACCAGCUCUCCAGUAA